CCAACGCGUAUGUUUACAGCGUCACACUCAUCGUCUCUUAUUAUAUAUAUCCAAAACCCAUCUCAGAUCCAAUUCAGAUCAGUUCGAUCGUCUUUCUCAAAACAUAACUACAACAUUUAAUAAAAGCAACAACUUCGGAAAAUCUAAGGGAAUUAUGUCACUGAACGAAGAAAAUGUCAAGAAAGAGAAACUUCAUGUAAACAUGAAGACGCAGGAAGUGGAUUCAAACAAGAAGGGAGAGAAUGUUGAGUUGGAGAUGGAAGUAAAGGCCAAGUCUGUUGAGAAGGUUAAAACAAAAAACAAAGAAGAAGAGAGUGGAGGGAAAUCAAAGAAGGAAAAGGAAAAAGAAAAAAUAAAGUACAAGAAGGAUGACUCAAAGGUAGAAGAAGAUAAAAAUGACAAGAAGAAAGACGAAGAAAAUGUUUUCAAGAAACAUGGGAAACAUAAAGAAGGGCAUGGAGAUAUGGAAGUGGAAGAGCAAGAUGAGGAAAAAAAAGAUAAAGAGAAGAAUCACGAGGAAGUAUUGCAACGAAAGGAGUUAAAAGAAGAGUUAAAAGAAGAAGGAGAAGGUAAAGAUAAGAAGAAAGAGAAGGAUGAAUCAGGUGCAGAGGAGAAAAAGAAGGCGGCUAAAGAGAAGAAACCGAAAGAAGAAUCCAAGAGUAAGGAAGACAAGAAGAUGAAAGAAAAGAAACUCAAUGGUGCAGAGAAGAAGAAUAAAAAGGGAGAGAAGGAUGAGCCUAAGGAAGAGGUUGAAGGAAAGAAGAAGAAAGAGAAAAAAGAACAUGAUAUGGAGGCUAUAGACAAUAUUGUAAAUGUGAAAGAGCAAAAUGAAGAAGACAAGAAGAAAAACAAGGGUAUAGAGACGAAACACGAGGAUGUAUCACCAGGAAAGGAGGGGAUAGAAGAAGAAGAAGCCGCCAAAAAAAAUAAGAAGAAAGAGAAGGAUGAAUCAGGUGCAAAGCUAAAAAAGAAGAAUGCUGAUAAAGAAAAGAAGAUGAAAAAGGGAGAGAAGGAUGAGCCUGAGGAAGAAGAUAAAGGAAAGAAGAAAGAAGAUGCUGGAACAGAUCAAGAGAAGAAAGAAGAAGAUCAUAAGGAGGGAAAGAAAAAGAAGAAUAAAGAUAAGGCGAAGAAAAAGGAAAUGAAUGAGAUUUAUGAGAAAGAAGCAGAAGAUGAGGAUGAGGAUGAAGGACAAAUGAAGCAGAAAAAGAAAAAAGAGCCAAAGAAGAAGAAUGACGAAAAAGAUAACAAAGAUGACAAGAAGCAGCAGGAAAGCCUUGACACUGAAGUGUUAUCCAGAGAUACUAAAUCUGAAGAACCAGAAGCUAAGGCAGAGGAAGGCAACACAGAAGAGAAGAAGAACAAGAAUGGAGAAUUUGGAGAGGGUGAUCAAGAGGGGAAGAAAACAAAGAAGAAAGAGAAAGAGAAGAACAAGAAGAAAGAAUCAAAGGAAACGAAAAAGAUAGAGGCUGAAGAAGAUAUGAAAGCUAAUACUGACGUCACAGCAUCUUCCAAGGGUAAAAAAGCAAACAAAGGAGAAGAAAACAAAGAAAAAGAUGUGAAGAAGCUUAAUGAAAUCAAGAAGAAGGGUAAUGGCAUUGGUAAGCUGAAAAUGAAGCUGGAGAAGAUUGAUGGAAAAAUAAAAGCCUUAAUGGAGACAAAGAAGAAAUUGUGAAUCAGAUUAGAAGUGCAGAGGGAGAGCAAUGAUGGGAACACGGAAAAAUGUUAGUAGAGACAUAGCAACAUGCAGGUAGAAACUGAGGCUAACAUGUUUCUUGACAGUUGCACUGGACUUUUUGUUUUUCUCUCUGUUGAGUUGUGACAAAUUAGUUUGGUUAUUGUACCUUUGAUGUUUUACAUCCGUGUAAUUCUUUAUGUAUUGUAGUCCUUUUUGAAAAGAAAAAAUUAAUCUCGAGUCUUGAUUAGUC